AUGGAAAGCAUAAAUUUAGAAGAAGUAGAUGAACAGAAGCAACGACAAGAAUGUUGUUUGUACGAGGAAAGAGAAGUUAGUAUUGGUUCUGAUUGGGUGAAACAGUUCUUGGACAUGUCGGAUGAAGAAUUAUUCGAGGUUGUUACGUCAACUGAAGUGAAUAAACCUAAUGGAGAUGAUGAAGAGGAUGACGACUGUGUGAUUCUUGAGGGUGACCCGGAAAAGAAAGUUAUGCUUGUGAAUGAUUCUCCUAAUGGGUCUGAUGAGUUGCUUGUAGUUGGGGAAAAGGGUCAGAUUGCAUGCAGAGACUAUCCUCAUCCGCGGCAUCUUUGUGCUACUUUUCCUUAUGAUUCCACCCCUCAUGACAGAUAUUGUGCCCAGUGCCACUGUUAUGUAUGUGACUCUCCAGCACCAUGUCUGAAGUGGGGCAAUGGCCUUUUAACUACAGAUCAUUGUCAUGCAACUGAUAAAUCUGCGACUUGGAAAAUUCUGAGAAAAGAAUCCAACCUGGUUAAGACUGAUCCAUUGCCAGCUUCAACUAACAAUGCUACUUUAGGUGAUCUUGUGAAUUCUCAAGAUACCCAUAUUUUGCCCUAUGAUAUCAAACGUCUGUCUGUAAAUUCCAUGUCAGUGAAUCUGAAGUCAAGGGCAAUGGCAUUGCGUAUGCGUCCGGUAAAUCUCACUCUUCAAAAUCAGACCUCUCGUCCCAGCCUAAUAAAUCUCACUCCUCAAAAUCAGACCUCUCGUCCGCGCCCAGUAAAUCUCACUCCUCAAAAUCAGGCCUCUCGUCGCAGCCUAAUAAAUCUCACUCCUCAAAAUCAGACCUCUCGUCCGCGCCCGCCCAGUAAAUCUCACUCCUCAAAAUCAGGCCUCUCGUCCGCACCCAGUAAAUCUCACUCAAAAUCAAGCCUCUCGUCCGCGCCCAGUAAAUCUCACUCAAAAUCAAGCCUCUCGUCCGCGCCCAGUAAAUCUCACUCAAAAUCAGGUCUCUUGUCCGCGCCCAGUAAAUCUCACUCAAAAUCAGGUCUCUCGUCCGCGCCCAGUAAAUCUCACUCAAUAUCAGGUCUCUCGUCUGAGUCCAAUAAAUCUCACUCCUCAAAAUCAGGCCUCUCGUCCGCGUACAGUAAAUCUCACUCAAAAUCAUGUCUCUCGUCCGCGUCCAGUAAAUCUCACUCCUCAAAAUCAGGUCCUCAAAAUCAGGUCUCUCGUCCGCGUGCAGUAAAUCUCACUCCUCAAAAUCAGGCCUCUCGUCCGCGCCCAAUAAAUCUCACUCCUCAAAAUCAGGCCUCUCGUCCGCGCCCAAUAAAUCUCACUCCUCAAAAUCAGGCCUCUCGUCCGCGCCCAAUAAAUCUCACUCCUCAAAAUCCGGCCUCUCGUCCGCGCCCAAUAAAUCUCACCCCUCAAUAUCAGGUCUCUCGUCCGCCUCCAGUAAAUCUCACUCCUCAAAAUGAGGUCUCUCAUCCGCGCCCAGUAAAUCUCACUCCUCAAAAUCAGACCUUUCGUCCUACUAAUAUGAACACAGGCUCUUCGCAAAGGUCUAGAUUACAGAAUCAAGCCUUGAGGUCAAACAAAAUGCAUCCACUCUCAGUAAAUCUCAUACCUCAAAAUCAGGCCUCUCAGCAGAUUACAGUGAAUGCAAUCAAUGCAUUCGCGAGGUCAAACGAAACACAUCCACUCUCAGAGAAUCUCGUGCCUCAGAAUGCAUUUUCCUCGCUAACUUCCAGAUUACAGAAUCAGAUAUCCACGUCAAAUAAUGUCCUUGGACACUCCACAGGUUCCAGUUUUGCAGUCCCAAACGGUGCAAACGACGGUAGUUAUCACGAACCUGGAUCUCCGUUGGUGACGAAUAAAUAUCCUUCUCAUGCUGCUUCAAGAAUGUCUCUAGGUGUACGAAGUCACGUUAUCCAAAAGAAGUCAGGACACAGAAUUGGUAUUGGGAACACCCCUGCAACUAACAGUGUUACCCCUCUCGAUGCAUCCGGCUUAAUCAAUCGUGUCAAUCCACAACAUGGUGAUACAAAUCACGCUGCUAAUGCGGAUGGAUAUUAUGAUAUUUGGGCGAAUGAUUAUGUGGCUCGGCUAAACAAAAAUGAGCAUCAAAUUGGAAUUGAAAAUAAAACUGUCAUCAAUAGGGGAGCUACAGUGCAAAAUGUUUUCCAACAGAAACCUGAUGGUGGGAUUGAAAAUGAAGAUUUCCUAGCUAAAGACUCAAACACUAAUGGAAACAUUUCUUAUGUUGAAAACUUAGUAUCUAAGGAUAAGGAGUCUAAUACUCCAUUUUCUGGAAAUGCUCACCUGUCAUUGGAUGAGAUCAAGCACUGGCUUCUUGAUUCCAAUUAA